AUGCAUAUAUACCUAGAGCAACGCGAUGUACUAACGCCUCCACUGAAACUUUUUGCAUCUCUAAAAUUUAUGGAAGGAAAAAAGCGGUUUUUCCCGAGUCCGCUGCGCUCGCCGAAUCCGGCUGAAACCGUCCCGCUGAAAGAAGCUCUUUUCGUAGAAGAUGAAGAUGAAAUUUUAGAAGUUGAACCUCAUCAGGCGUCACAGGCCACAAGAAACGGUUCUGCCCAACAACUUUCCGUGGAUGUUCCUCAAACUGUCCCUAGAAGAGAGCCUUUGCCGAACAAUCUAGAAGCUCCGACUCCCGCUGAACCUCUGCUUUCCGAUAUUGGCUUUGAGCUUUUUCAAAGCCAGCUUCUGUCUGUGAUUGGAGACGCGUCUAUGAAGGCAAUGAGACAUUUGUACGCCAAAUACUUCAACCGACCGAAUUACAUCCAGCUUGCGUCUAACGAAUACUUUAACGGGAUAUCUUUUGACGAUGAAUCGAGUGGCGAAGCGAGUGAGAAUGUUCAGGAGGAUAAACGCGAAGAACUCAAGCAAGUUAUGGAACGUAUGAAUACAGAAGCAAGAAACGAGGCCGAAAUGAAAAAGGCUAUGGGCUGGAAACGGUAUAUUGGGACUUUGGACGUCCAAGCUUGGGCUACACGGCCCUAUUUAAGAAGUCUACGGUAUCAGCAAGAGCUACAGUUGAAACGAUUAAUUCCCAAUAAGAUGAAGAAACUGUCUAUUGUCGCUUCCAAGUUUGGCGACUCUGCUGUCAUUCGCUUGUACACUUCGGAAGCAGACGGAUCUAGAGAAAUCGGACGUCUUCCGGAAGAUAUUACGCGGAUUCUUUCUCCACUUAUUGACUUGGAGAUUGCAAACUUUUCAGCCUCUGUUAUCAUGGAAACUAAAGGACGGCUUUCGAUAGGUGAUCCGUUUUUCCUCCAGAUAAAGUGUUACCUUAACAAUAACACUUUUGUGGACCAUGGACAAGUGGUCGGUGAAGAGGAGAAUAGCCAAUCAAAAAGACGUAAGACGGCCAAACUUGGAAUCACAUUCAGCCAAGAAACUGAAGCUGAGGCUGCCUUACGCCUCAAACAGAAAUCCAUCUCUCGUUUGUUUGAUAAGCUAUCCAUAAUACCUUACGACAAGUCUUCUGUCAAUACGGACGCCGAAGAAAUCCCCGACGACGAUAGUUCCGUUUCCAGUACUCCCAAGCCGGAAAUAGCACCCACAGAGGAACUCAGUCUUGAACAAUUAAAACAGUUCUAUACGGCAAACCAACAGUCAGAUUUCCUCGAAAACUUGCCAGAGACCACUACACCGCCUGAAGAAAACUUUGCGUUGACUUUACGGCCUUAUCAGAAACAUGGUCUCUCGUGGAUGCUCUCUCGUGAAAAGGAACUUGAUUUGCUCGAAGAAUUGUCCGUGAAUAAUUCGGAAGUACUUUCUACGCAGAAAAGACAGGCCAUACGCAAUCAGGAUGACGAAGUAAUGGACCCUUUAUGGAGUACAUUUAAAUGGCCCCAAGACCCGGCAAAUCCGGAUUUACUGACUAGUGAACUGGAAUUUUUCUAUGCUAACUUGUACAAUGGUGAGUUAUCCACAGAAAAGCCUGUUUUAAAAUCCUUUCUCAAGGGAGGUAUCUUGGCUGAUGAAAUGGGUCUAGGCAAAACAAUUCUGACACUUUCAUUAAUUCAUUCUGUCCCAUACGACUCUGCUACUGCUCGUACAGGUACUCGGAACUAUGCCUCUAAAACCACAUUAAUUAUCGUCCCCAUGUCCCUUUUAUCACAGUGGAAAAAAGAGUUCGAUCGCUCUAACAAAAACUCUAAUCAUCGGUGCCACAUUUACUAUGGCGAUCUGGUGCAGACAGAUUUGUCGCUUCUUCUUUGUAACAGAUCGGAGAAUAUCCCUAUUGUUCUCUUGACAACAUAUGGAACGGUGCAAAGCGAAUGGACACGUAUAAACAAACUCCGUGAUGCUAAUGGAAAGCUUCCAAAAAUAGGACUAUUCUCCGUUGAGUUCUUCAGGAUUGUGGUGGAUGAAGGUCACAAUAUUCGUAACCGGACGACGAAAACUGCAAAGUCUGUACAUGAGCUCGAGCUGAGAAGGAAAUGGAUUUUGACAGGCACACCAGUCGUUAAUAGACUAGAUGACAUUUUUUCGUUGGUCAAAUUCUUGAGGCUUGAACCGUGGAGCAACUUUUCAUACUGGAAAACGUUCGUUACUCUACCUUUUGAACAGAAAAAGUUCCAACAAACUUUGGAUGUUGUUAAGUCUAUCUUACAACCGAUUUUUUUGAGAAGAACAAAAAAUAUGAAACAAAAAGAUGGAACGCCGUUGAUUGAUCUUCCUAGUAAAGAGGUUGUUGUUGAGGAAUUAGAAUUUAGUGACCGCGAGCAGCUUUUCUAUGAUUUUUUCAAAUCCAGGGCAUAUAACUCCUUCAAGGAAGGUUUGAAAAGUGGUGAACUUUUAAAGAAAUAUACUCAAAUCCUCACACAUAUUCUUCGCUUACGCCAAGUUUGUUGCCAUCCAGAUCUUGUUGCUGCUAGCUCAGAACUUGAUGAUUCCUGGAAAGAGGAAUUGGCAGCGUUUGAGGAGCCCAUUAAGAAGGAAAAGUUUUGGUCUGAGACAAUGAUGAAAGAGAAGUUGUAUUCGCUUUAUGCGAAAGUACACAUCGAGGAUUCAGAGUGUUCUAUUUGCACUCAAGCACCCAUCUCAAUAGGUGAAUUAACAUUGACGGAAUGCGGGCAUCAAUAUUGUUUCCACUGCAUUCUCGAACAUAUUGAAUUUCAAACGAACAAUGGCUCCGAGCCUUUAUGCCCCGAUUGCCGACAUCCCAUUUCUAAGUAUCGACUCUUCAAGGUCUUGCUGAAAAGUACUAGUAAGAAGAAGAUUCGUUCCACACGA